AAACGGACUUGGAUUUGCAGUGAUUUUGUGUAAAUAUUUAUGACCAAAAUGAGGAAGAGAUACGUAGGUUCCUUGUAGCCUGGGGAAGAAAUUUUUUAUACACUUUAGACCCAUUUCAACUUAGUGAUGGCUAUAAGAAGAAACAACUGGUUUUGAUUUGCAAUUGGCAAACUAAAAGCAAACUAAAAGCAACGUCUGCAACCAAAUACAUAAUUCCUGAACUCAUUCUGUGUGGACCCGGUAGAACAUAACCAGCAACACACCAAGUGGUGAUAGAGCCAGGGCCAAGAGACAUCAAGAUUCUGACCUAAGAUCUGCAGGGUACUUCAGAAACCAAUUAUCUUCUGUUUCUGCAGCCCCCCCCCCCCCUCCUUCAAAAGCUGAUGGUCAUUUUGAUUCUCUGUUCAUGCCAAUUCUUUGGCCAACUUUCCAGAGACUUGCAGGGCGUGAAGCUGAAACACAACUUCCCUAAAACUUGCAGGGUAUAAAAGUGAUCCCAACUGAGCUGCUAUAUGUCAGAAAAGAAAAAAGCUCUUUAUCCAGUUGGAAAUUUUAGAUCAACUGUGACAUUUUUGAUCUCUCCUAUGCUGGCCUAAUGCAUAAAAAUAACAAACAAAUUCAGAAAAGAUUACUGAAUUAUUAGAUCAUAAAACUGUGGAUUUGGAACAUUCAGAUGACAGAUGGAGACUCACGGUGUCAGAGAUCAGGAGAUCAGCAAUUCAAUUAUCUUUUUUUUCAUCAGCACAACCAGACACAUAAACAGGCAACAGCUAGGAACUGACGGGGAAUUACCCUCAUUGAUGGCCAAUGCUAUUGCUGCUUGAUGGCAUUUUACAGUUAUAAUGGAACUGUAAGCUAUAUAAAUUAGGAAAAUAUAAGUUGUGUGGGCAAAAUUUUUCAUCAGACUUAUUCUAAAAUAGGAUUACCUGAUGAAAGAACCAAGCUUACCAAUGAUGUUUCAGAGAAACUAAAAGAGAAACUGAAGGUAAUUGAAAUCUGGAAACCCCAAGGGAUAAUACCGUACUGUGUAUAGGCACAACUUUUCAUUAAGCCAAUUUUUCUCAGAACUAACCAAAUGAAAUAAUGUCCAAUUCUGCAGCAAUCUGACAGUGUUUCAGAGAGCUAAUGGUACCAUUCUGUAGGCCAUACAAAUUGGCUCUGUACAUUGUUUCCUUGCCAGAGUAUAUGCUUUAAACAGUAACACUAGAACAAUUCAUCAGGCACUUUGCAGUAAUGAAGUUACCAGUCAGAGAUAGAUAAAGGGAAUCUCCAGUCACAUUUAUUAGGGAAAAGAAAGAUUUUUUACCAAAGUGUCAAACAGCUGCCAACAACUGCAGAAGAGAUGUUGCUUUGAUCAGACAAAGCUGUUCCCUAUAUUCUAUAUCCCUACACAUGGACAUUCUGGAUACAGCACUGCUGGUAACAGAAACAACUGUAAUCUGGUACUCUUUUGAAAUAUUUAAUAUCUUUCUGAAGCACAGAUUAAAUGAUUUAAUGCAGACAGGAUCAAGCUUGGUAUAUUUGAACUGAAACCAAUUCAAUGGCACCCAAUGGACUCAUCAUGUUGAAUAAAGUGAUUCACUUUUAUAUAGAGUAAUUCAUACCAGCAUGACUUAACUCUGAUCAUCACCAAACAUGACUAGGAUAAUUACUCAUGACAAGAUAGAUAAUAAACUUGGUUUGAAACCCAGACAAAUUCUCUAGUAACACACACAGGAGACAAUUAGCACUGUAUGUCUGCUGAUCUGGCAGUGCUGAAUGAAUCACACAGGUAUUUUACAAACUGUGGCAAAGUUGGACUGGAUUACUCAGUGCAAAAUUAAAAAGUGGGCAAAACUGUAGUUUGUGUUUAAGCAUUGCCUUUUAUGCAGUCAGGAACUAAAUAGAAGUACCUACCACAGAGAUUGGGUUGUCAAAUUCUGUGGAACUAUUUAAUGCACAAGAGUUAUACCAUACAUAUAUUGGCAAUAUAAAUAUAUUGGCUCAUUCAGGAUAACAUGACAAAAUGGCAAAUAUGACAUCUGCUAUGGUAAUUAGAGCAUUGGCGAGCAACAGAACCACAACAGGUGAGCAACAGGUCACAACAUCAAGAGAGUACUCAGCUAUGGUGCCAUCAAACUCAGCAAUACUGACCAACCUGACAAGUGCACUAACAGGCUGUUCAGAGACGGGCCUUGUUACCUGCAUCCCAGCUCCAAAUGGCUGGACAUUCAACAUAUCAGAUCAAAUUUUAUCAGAUCUGGGCUUCUCUGAGGAGAAAGAAAUUGAAGAAUAUAGGGAACGCUUCUACGCAGUCGACACAAAAUCUGUGGACACCAGUAUAGCCACGGCGCUAUUGAUUCUGGCAGCUGUGAUUGGCGCAGUCGGCAACAUGUUUGUUCUGAAUGUAUUCUGGUCAUUGCGGAACAAGAACACCUCUGCCAUUUUGAUCAUUGCGCUGGCUGUGGUGGACUUCAUAGCCUGCAUAUUAGUCAUUCCAGGUCAGGUGUUCAUCAACUAUUACCUAUUCCAAUUUGAUGUGUUCUGUAAGUUGAUGAUGUAUUUGACCUACGUUGGAGUUGUACUUGACUUCUGUCUUCUGUUUGCCAUUGCAGUUGAUCGGUACGUUGCCAUAUGUAAGCCUACGGUGCGAUCCAUCAACACUAGGUGUAUGAAGGGGGCUACAAUACUUCUUACCAUCUUCUCCAUCCUGGUGUGCAUUCCUCCUGGUUUAACAGAGGGCGGCUACACCUGGGUCUGGAUCGAUGUCAAAUAUAUCUACGUCUACACUGGCGACUGUCGUUCAGGACAUGAUAAGGAGAUCAUUAACGAUGAUGGGAGACUUGCCAUACAAAUUAUAACUUUCUCAGUGUUUUGUAUAUUGGGGGUUAUCAUUGCCUUCAUGUACUGCAGUGUGUUCAACGCUGCUCGCCAGAGAGACAGGAACGUCAGUUUUGGGUUUGGACAAAGCAUAAUUAGAAACACUGGAAUGAUCUCCACCAUUCCUCUUAGGAAUUUCUCAAAACGUUUCAUGUCUCCAAAAAAGUCUGCAAGGAGAAAAUCCUCAACACCAAUGAACAACUCAGAGUCCUCUGAAACCAGCGGUUCUAAUUUAAAGAACAAAAACACCAAAAAGGAACACAUGCACAACAACCUUUGUUGUGGUUGCCAGUCUGCUUGUCCUGCACAUAAUGAGGAAGAGAGUAACCCUGAAAGAAACUUAAACAGAAGCCAACUUUGUUGUGGCUUGGACGCAGCAUCAGAAGUACAGAUUCACAGCCACAGUGACCCUGAGGUCGAAAUAUUGAAGGUGAAUGGACAGCAGGUCAACGACCAAGAGGUCAGUGACCUGAAGGUCAACAACCAAAAUGGCUUAAAGGUUAAAAUCCCCUCAGUUCCAACUUCUAAUGGUGAAUUAAUUGCAGAAUCAAGUGCUUUAGAAAUUGUAAUUACCACUCCCAGUGGUUCUACAUCCAAGAGAAUGCCACUAGGGAAACAAACAACACAAGACAAGACCACUCUAAAGAAUGCUCAUGGUGGGGAGCAAAUAUAUGACAAACUGAAUUCAAAGGACCAAAAGGUACAAGGCAAGCCGGAAUUAAAAGAAGAACCGGGUUCUGUAAAAAGAGAAAACAAUUUCAAACCAAAGACACACCAUCUGUACACAUCCCCCAAUGAGGAACAAAAUCCAGAAGUUAAGUAUAUUAAUGGUGAUAAUCCAACAGAUGAUUCCUCAGAUAAAUCAACUGUAUGCCAGACAGAACCUCCUUUCCCCAUGGAACAGAACACUAUUCAGAUGCUGCCAGUUCCACACUUACAAAGCCUUGGUUCAGGCAGUGACAUUUCCAGUAUGACCUCUCGUGAUGACCUGUCAACCACCGACACACGAACUGACGAGAGAGUGGACAGUCCAUCGCGGGCAUCAAGGAGAAUCAAGCAGCGAGCGCGUCAUAUCAAAACAGCCAAACUUCUACUCAUUGUAACCAUUAGCCUGAUGAUAUCUUGGGUGCCGUUUUUCUUGACGCGUCUGGAGCUCAUUCCCCGUUUUAAGACACUGGAACUGUGUGUCCUCCUGGGCUGUGCUGUCAACCCUGUCAUAUACUCUGUAGGACACCACAAGUUCAGAACACAGCUGAAAAGCUUGCUCAGAUGUAAUGUGGUGAAGAGGUGGACUCUUUGAGAGUUUCUCAUGUUUUAUAUCAAUGAAUUAUUAAUGCUAGUUAUCUAAACAUUGAGAUAAUUAGGAGUUAUGGUUCUAUAGUCCGUAUUCACAAAGGGACAUUUCACAUCUCCCAAAAAGUCUGCAAAGAAAAAAAUCCUCUACACCAAUAAAAACUCUGAACCACAGAGUGAACCUGUGCCAUUCCUCUACAAUAAUGUGGGUGUAUUUUUGAAAAUGGAGUCAUAUUCUUAUUUUUAACGCUUUAAAAAGCACUUGCAUUGUUUUCAUGUUUUUGUACUUCUUGCGUGUCCAAUUAUAUAUCAUAAGGUGUGUCUGAUGUGUUUGGAGGCAGACAUUUCUUAGAAUGAUUCUAACUCCUUAUUACUUAAAAGUAUUUUUUUUUCUAUAUGUUAUGCUAUUUGUUUGCCAAAGUUCUUUUUCCAGUCAAUCAUCAGUCCUACUAAAUGGGCUUGCAAUCAUUUCAAUGUUUUAAAUAUGAAUACAUAAUGUGCCUUAUUGAAAUACUGUAAUGGUGUGUGCUAAUAUAUGGUCAUAUGUGUGGUCAUUAUAGGAAGGCAUGGUUUUAAUAUUUUUCCAAUACCCUUUCAUUUUAAGAACUUUGGAGUAAAUAUGGACGAUUUCAUAGAUGUAUCUGAGGUGUGUCUCUCUGUGUGUGUAUGUGUGUAUGUAUGUAUGUGUGGGAGGGGAAUGAAAGUUUAUCUUUACAUAACUCAUUAAAUAUAUUCAAGUCAGAACAACAUAAUGUGUCAAUGUUCACUGUUGUUCAGCUGGACCAUGUUAAGUUAUAUAGACAUUUUUUCUAUUGUAUCUCAGUCUCUUCAUCAUAUAAAUAAAUAAACUGUCCACUAAGA